AGCAAAAUAUGAGUACACUGGACAACUUCGUAUGCCUCCAUUGCCUUACGGAGCCGGUGAACGCGACGGAAAAUGAGGAAAUUGACGAGCCUGUGUUCGCGCUCUCCUGGAGUCUCGUCAACGCUAAAUCAAAUCAGCUGGGAUCCGUACAUUACUGCGUUGUGAAAUCGAGUGAAUUGUCAGACCAGAACGCCGUGAAUGGAGUGCCUCACUUGUCCAGCGAGCCCGAGUCAUUAGACGUUAUCAUAGAACAGUUUCAGCAGUUUAUCGAAGAGAACCUUACAAGUCGUGGCGAGAAGUGGAGCAUCGUCACAGACGGGCAACUCACACUACGGCACUUUAUCCAUACACAAGCAAUCAAAAACAAAAUCAAAUUAUCAGAGGACUUCUACAACUUCUACGAUUUACGGAAAGAGUUCCAAAGAGAGGUCAAAAAUGGAAUUUUAUUCAACACUUUACAAGAUAUCAUCUCCUAUUGCAAGAUCGAGUCUAACAAUAGCAGUCCAGCUGGCCUGGAACAUUGCAGACUCAUGGGGAUCGCAGUGCAAUAUCUCAUAAAUGAAGGUCACAAUUUCAGGGAAUCAGAUAAAAUUUGUAUGAAAUACGAAGCGGGACCUUGCCUCGGUCCAGUGCUUGACGACACCGUUCUACGCGCAAGGGGUCUGCCUUGGCAAGCAUCCGACCAAGACGUCGCAAAUUUCUUCCGCGGAUUAAAUAUACCAAGGGGCGGUAUAGCGUUCUGUCUGAAUAUGCAAGGUCGACGAAACGGGGAAGCGUUUAUACGAUUCGAGAACGGCGACCACCGCGAUCUAGCGCUCCGAAGGCAUAAGAUGCAUCUAGGAACACGAUAUAUCGAGGUCUACAAAGCCAGUGCACAGGAUUUUCUACGGAUCGUCAGAGGACCAAUGGAUGUCACACAGAUCGCGGCUAACUUCGUGUCCACAAAUGCGGAAGUAAUUAUUCGUAUGAGAGGUCUUCCCUUCAGCACCAAGGCUGCAGAUGUAGUGCGUUUUUUCGGAGAUGACGUCCCAGUGUACCGGGGAGAGGGUGGAAUCCUCAUGGUACGCGGACGCAACGGCAAAGCCACAGGCGACGCGUUUGUCCUCUUCGAGACAGAGGAACACGGCCGCGCUGCACUCAAAAAGCACCGUGAAGUCCUAGGCUCACGUUACGUCGAGCUCUUCCGCAGUUCUCAGAGCGAGGUCCAACAAGUGCUUAGCUCCCUUAGCCUAUUCAUGAUGGGGGUACCACCGCUCGCAAUGCUUCCCAACCCCCUCCCGCAGCACCCGCCUUUUCACCCGCCUAUGUUCCUGCCCGGGCCGGUCCCGUACGCAGCGAAUGGUGGGUCGAAUGCCAAGGACUGUCUUCGGCUGCGCGGGUUGCCGUUUUCGGCAACGGUUCAAGACGUGUUGGAUUUUCUGAAGGAGCACGCGGCGUAUGUUGCGCCCGGAGGAGUUCAUAUGGUCUACAAUACACAGGGUCGACCAUCAGGGGACGCGUAUGUCCAGCUUCUUUCUCCGGACUUCGCUGCUGCGGCGGCAAACGAGCUCCACAAGCAUCACAUGGGGGAACGAUAUAUAGAGGUGUUCCCCUGCUCCAACUCCGACAUCUCAGCAGUCAUCGCUAGCAGCACGCUAAACCAGACAAAGAUACCGCUCAACAACCUCUCGUACUCUCCAACAAGCUAUCCCCCUACCUCGGGCGUGGUUGCGUACGGGAGUACCUCUCCCAUCAAUGGACACACCGACAGUCCCAUGAUACCAUCCCCAUCCCGAUCACCCCCGGGAGUGUACAUGCCUCAGCAGACGCCAUACUAUAACUGUUUAUUGCCCAAUAGUAGUAUGGGCUGCGGACCUGUGAGCUACUACCCGACAAGCACUGCGGCACAAGCCAUGCGCAUGCGCAUGGCGCCAUAUGUCACGCCAACAUAUGAGGUGGUGCCUUUCUUCCAUCACGGCUACCAGGUUGCAGAAUACGGAGUCGGACCCUGUAGAUAGUAUACCAUCUCUGAACUCCUGUAAACCCACCAAGCCCGGAAACCAGGUCAUGCCAUAACAAGCCGCGCACCAGCCUGAUGAACAACCUCACUAACAUGGGCACUAAAUCAAGACCACGUAAACCCUACGUAGGAUUAAAACAAAAAACACCUCGCUAUUGCGACCUCUCUUGCAUUGCCCUAUGUUUCCCAUGAUUAACGUAGUUGCGUAAACGAUCACGGGAUUGAGUAGAGUAUACAGUUUUGAAAGAAUCUUUGCUAAUAGAAAAUCACCCAUUUUUCAACUCGCUUUAAUGACACUAUUUCAAGGCUUGGGAAAAUCCAAGUUCGUAUUUAUUUUUGUUUGGAAUCAUAAAAUUUAGAAUUUAGCAAUGAAUUAAUGCAAUUCAUAGUCAGAAACAAAAUAGCGGAUUCCUAAUGAGCUCGUUCCAGCUCUUUAGGUUCCAUGUACAUUAAAAAAAUCAAUCAAAAAUAUGAUAAGAAGGCGCUAUGCCAAUCGCAUGCGCGCGUUGUGUGCAACCGCAAAAGUGGAACGCUGGCGCACAAUAAGGAACUUUUAUAUUCUGUGUCAUGUGUUGUCCUCAAAUUCAAUACAGAAAUGACACGAAAGCAAAAAAAAAAUAUUGCUUGAAUGAACAGAAUUCCAAACUUUGCUGAAACGCGCUAAGUUUGAGGAAAUUUAAAUGUAGAUCUACAAUUGAUGUUGAGAACACAAAAGAUUAUUUAAAGACUGAUUCAUCAAAAUCAGUUACUAGCCAAAACGAAAUAAAAUCGAAAGAAAAAUGUUAUCUUUAUUUUUAGAUCCAAUCAACAACUGUAAUUUAAUCUAGAAUCUUUAUGCUUCGUACACACAACUUCAAAUGAGUGCCAUUCUCAGAAAUGUUGUAUAGUGUAGCAAAUAACACUGACAAAGGCAGGUUCAAAAUCAAUCGAUUUAAUUUAAUUUAGAAUGUCAUCCGCGGAGAACUUUAUUUGAAACGAAGCGUCGCUUAACAGUAUUGUCACGUUUUCCUAAGCCUUGCUUCGUAUUCCCCGUAAUAAAAUGACCUUGUCUUCAAAACGAGGCGCAUCGAAGCGCGGCACGGACAAGGCCAGGCUUCCAUGCAGUCUCGUUUUGAUGCGAAGAGCUGUAUUUGAUUGAAAACGGCGAUCCUCUUGACGCUUCCCAUUUGUAAUAUAGCAGCUACAUUGAAUACAUCGUAAUCACUUAGAGAGAAACACAUGACGACAGGCAGUCGUCAUUGCCUACAAAGGCGUAAUGUUGGUGUUGCAUUGGAUCCUCAAAGAAUACAUAAUGUAUAAAAGUAGAAGUGAUUGUUCGUAUUAUAGAGGUUCUAGUGUGAGACAAACAUUUUUUGCUGUUAGGAGUUGUUUGAUGAGAAUGAAAAUCGUCGCAUGUUACUUAACAGUUUACUUUCUCACUCACGUUCUACCAACUCUAGUGGUAUGUUUAUAGUAGCAGGUCGAAACUAGUACAUAAUCGAAACUACUGUGAAUAGCAAGAGAAUGAUACACAAUAAAUGGUCACUGAAAAAGGCCAGCCAUUGAAUGUCGCAUUUUGUUUGGUUAGCUUGAAUGAAAGCUGUCAUCUGAUUGGCUGGAUUAUUUAUGAACUGUUCACAGUUGUUUGAAAGCUGGUUCAUUACCAUAAUUAGUCAAUUAGAUAAGUUCACUUUAUCUCCAUCCGUCACUAUUCAUUUUCUCGUUCAUCAACAUUCAUUUUGUUGUCAUACCAAACAAAAAAUAAAAAAGAUUAGAAAUGAAA